UAAUUUUGAAGCUGCAAAACCAAAAAGAAAAAUGUCAUUCCAGAAGCUUCCAUCUGAAGAUAAAACAUUUGAAGGGACAGCUGUGAGUGACACCACCUGGAAGGAACCAAGCAAGCCUGUGCAUGCUUUCCACCUCAGGAGGCCCUGCGAGCUGACAGCUCUAAUAAAUGAAGAUGGUUUUCUUUUGAAGAAAAAUAUAGAUAUUGUUCAAGGAAAGGAAUCACAAGGGUCUUCACAUCAGGUAAGUAAUGAGAAUCAUUGAUAUUCACAUAGUUUGUGAAAACCAUUUUAUUAUCAUUUUAUUAUUGAGCUCCACAAUAUGGUGAGUAUAGUGCGCAGUACUU